GGCGUUUCCGCAGGAAAUCCAAGUUCCGUUUCUCCGUCUUCCUGGCCAUUGAAACUGGCGGGAGACCGCCGUUUUCGUGCUCCAUGCCUGGCCGACGCGCGGCAACAUCUGGCUUCGCUGCCGGCUUAGCCGGACGCCAGGAUUUUUCUCUCUUAGCAGCGAGGUCGAAAACGGUUUUCCUCUCCUUGCACUGGUGAAAAUUCGUCGAGAAGCGACUUCUGCCUGGCUGCCGGAGGCGCAGCUGUGUCUCGUCUUCUCUGCGGUGGCACUGCAUGCUCGUGGGACGGUCUUCUCCCGUGUUUUUGCCGCUCUGGGAUUUCCGGGGAAACUCACACCAGCAACGUUGUCCACGCGUUACACGUGUAUUUUCUGUCUGUCACUCGUCAGUCCCCCUUCUUCAGACCCUUUUCGCGCGCCGAACACCCCUACGAAACCUAGUCUUUUUCGAGCAGUCUCUGUGUCUCUUCAGUAAACGCACUGCUCGCGUUCUCCACGAAACUAAACAAUCCUCCACGGCUCUGUUUCUUCUCUGAACGCCGGACUCGCCGUGUCCGUCGACCUUCUUGCGAACUGCAUGCGUCGCGUUCUCCGGAUCUCAAGUAGCAACCUCUUCACUGUGUCUAUUUCGACGCGCAAACUGUUCGGACGACUUACCGACGGUCUUUCCUUAUUUUUCUGGCGGGUGGAGGAUGCGCUUCGAGUUCGACUCCUGUGUAUUCGUCGAGCAGGCCUUUGUUUGUCGGAGCUAAGUUCCGUUUGCUGCGUCGGCGUGGAGUCGAGCACAGCCAGGAUAUCUCCGCGUCGAUUCCGGGUCCGUGUGCCCUGGGCGUCACUUUCCUCCCGCGAAAAUGGCGCCGAAAAGGAGACAAACCGAACGCGGCAUCUGAGGCGUUUGAUGACGGCGACUGGGCCUUUCUCCCCCGGCUCUUCUUCAGAGGAUAUCCGCCUGUCGACAGUUUUCUCGUCUGUGCUGCACUCCGCGCCUCAUGUCCACAUGUCUCGUCCGCUCCUUUCCCAGUGACUUCUUCUUCGAAUCUCCUGAUUGCCGGGGGCUCGAACCCAUCCAACUCGCCCCCUGUGACUGUCUCGUCUUUAUGAGCCGCUGCCGGCGUCUCCGGUCCUCUGUCUUGAGACCCGUCUCGUUCUGGACCUGCCCCCCCCCCCUGCAGUUUUUUGCAAACAUUUUUUUCCACGGCGCUCUCGACCGUCCCUACCUGCCCGCCCACACCUUGCGAGGGCCUCCACCCCUCGUCACAGUCCUGAAACUGCAUUCAGACAGAGGCCAGCAUGCCGCCUGCGAAGAAGCGGCCCUGCCGCCGGUGGCCGUUCGUGCCGGCGGACCGCUUCCCCUCCUACCCCCGUGUGGCGCCGCGGCUCCGAGCCUUCAUCCAGCAGCAGCGAGAGCAUCUGCGAGCGGAGCUGGUCCGCAGGCGCGAGCAGCAGAUCGAAAGCGCCUGUCUGUCGAAGCUCGGGGACGCGGCGUUCUCUCUCUUGCCGGGACUGGCGACCGAAACUGCGUUUGUGGGCGGCUCCGCGACGCCGGAGGACCGCGGCGCCGCAGGGGCGCGGAAGCGGCCCUUCGAGGAGCUGAAAGAGAGCGGCAGUUCGCCACUGGAAUCCGAAGAGCAGGGCGAGGCGACCCAGGCUCAGUCCACCGAGGUAGACCCAAGGCUCCGCAGCCCAUCAAGAAGUCCGAGCUGCGGCGCCGGCGCCGAGGGCGUCGGGACCCAGGCUCCUCUGCAACUCUCUCAGGAAACUGGGCGCAGCGCCGCUUCUCCAGGGGUCUCGCCGGGCGCGCCGCAGUCUCCCGCGCUCGUCAGCUUGCGCCCGGAGGUUGCCAAGCCAGACGACGCUCAGGCCGCAGCCGUAGACCUCUUCUUCCCCUUCGCCCACCGCUUUGUGCAGCCGCGGUCGGAGCAGGAGCGCGCUGUGCGGCUCGGCCUCCUCCAGCGGCAGCUUCUCCUCAAGCGUCGCCUGCAUGCGCGGCUGGUGGCGACGCUCGGGGAGGUCGAGAGGCGCUACGAAAACCUGUUGGAAGUUUCUGCGCUGGAUGAGCGCGAGGGGGCGCGGGAGGCCGAGGAAGCCGAGCACCACAUACACGUCGAGAAGCAGCAAGACGAACUCGAGGCCCUUCACGCAAGUAUGGAGAAACGCAGAGCCGCCCAGAGAGCGGAUCGCGAACGCAAACUCCUCCACGAACGCUUGAUGCGACAGCGGUGUCGGGAAAGGCGGCGCCGCGCCCAGGAGGAAGAAAUCCAAAACGUGACCAGUGGCGCGCCGCCCUCGAUCUUGAUGAAAGAACUGACGGCGCUCUCCGCCUUCGUCGCCGGUGGCCUCCCUGCGGGCGUUGCCGCUGCAGCGCUCUGGGGCGGCCGGCGGAUCCAGGCCGCGCCCGACGGUCUGCAGACAGCCGGCACCCUGGGCGCCGCCGAGGAGUUCCGGGACUCAGAAAGGGAGUUCCUAGCGGGUUCGCCCCCCGACGCGGUCGGCGAGAGGCUCGGCAAAGUCGUCCCCGAUGGCCUCCGCGGGCGGACUUCAGAUCCUGAGGAUCGGCUCUGUGGGUCUGCGCCUUCUGGGAACUCGGAGGCGGACUUCAGCGUCCACCCUGUUUUGCCCCUCGCGUCCCGGCACGAGGCUACCACGCCUGCACGCGCGGCUGGGCCUCAGCGCGUUCUCCUACGCAGCGCGCCGCGGGAAGCCUCAGGCCCUGCCAGCUGGGGCGCUGCGCAGAAAGGUCCUGGCGCGCAUGCAGAGCCUGACUCGCUGGGGACAGGCUUCGCCUCUGGAGGUGGCCGAGGUGGUGGUCUGGGCCGCAAGGGCCUGCGGCACCGUGGCGGCGCGCGGGCGGCUGCGGCGACCGCGGCAGCUGCGGGCGGCCCCACGAGCAACCUGGCGAUGCUUCGGGGUUUGGGCGUCGGAGUUGGCGCCGCGGGAGCGAAGGCAGCUUCGGUCUUGGUAGGAUACGGCCAACAGAAGCCGGUAGUGAAGAGCGGGCGCGGCCGAUGUUCGAUGCGAGGCCCCGGCCGCGGGGGUGCAGGCGCGAAGCGCAGCAGUCUCAUGGCGCCGGGGUCGGGAGGCCCUGCCGGGAAGGGCGCUCCGGUCCCGGGAGGCGCAGCGUCGCCCGACGGCGCGGCAGCCUCGUUCGCGCCAGGCAUAGCUGGGGCGGCGCUGUCUCCCUUGAUGCAAGCCGCGGGGGCGCCCUCGAGUUGGAACUCCGUGGGGGUGCCGGGCAACGGCGGGGUGCAGAGUUCGCAGCAGAUUCUCCUGCCCGCGGGACUCACGGCCUCGCACCUCGCCGCCUUCAACGCGAACGCCGCUGCGCUUCAGCAGGGCGGCACGGCAGCCACGGGCGCGGGAUCGGGCAGCGCCUCGUCUGGAAGCCCAGCCGCGGCGUCGCCUGGCGCGCAGCCGCAGCGGCACCUGUCAGGGGUCGCCGGCAACCGUCCCGCGGCUGCGACUACGAGUCCAGCGACGCAGCCUGGAAGUGGUACAGGGACAGAUUCUGCCUUGUUGUCGCUCGCGAGCUCUCAGGGGGGCGGGACAGGAACUGCGAGCCAAGUCACCAACUCUGCAGCUGCUGCCGCAGCCGCCGCCAUGCGGCCCCUCAUCGCGGCGGCCGCAGCCAGUGGCCUGCACCCUAACCAUUUCCUCUUAGCCACAGGGUUGAACUCGCUCGUGGCUGCAGGCGGCAACAGAGGUGGUGCGCGAGUCUCCGGGAGUGGGGUAGCGGCCAGCUCUCUCGGGCUGGGAGAGACGAAGUCGCCGCUGCUCCUGGAGCUUCAAAAACUCGCAGGAGCCGCCCCGGAAGCAGCCCCGCAGGCCGGGGCGGAGGCCUCGUCUUCUCAGCACAGCAGAGCGACGACUCGGCCCUCGGCGGCGCCUAUGCCGAGCAAUGCGGCGACUGCGGGGCCUGCAGCGAGUGCUGCAGCGAAUCUGGUGGCGGCUGUGUCCCAGCAAAAUCGUCAGCAGCAACACCCGGGAUCAAGUGGAGGCGCUGUGCGCGGCGCCGGGGUGGGGCGCAACGCUUUAGGCGCGGCUGGACAGCUGUCCGCCGCCUUGGCCGCAGUCGCGGCCUCGAACGCCAGUGGGUCGGGGACAGGAAAUCAACCGCAGAUCCUGAGUGCUAUGCUUCAGGCCGUCGCAGACGCCGUUCGGGCGGAACAGCAGAGACAGCAACUGCUGCAGAAGCAGCAGCAGCUUCAGCUUCUUCAGCAGCUGCAACAGCCCCAACUGCAGCAGCAGCUCCUCCAGCAACAGCCACAGCUUCAGCAGUUGGUGCUUCAACACCGGCAACAGCAGCUUCUGCAGCAACAGAAACUGGUCCCGCAGCAGAAUCCCUUGCAGCUACAGCUUCAGCAACAGCAGCAACUCCAGCAGCAACUGCACAUCCGGCAACAGCAACUCUUGCAGCAGCUGCAGCAGCAGCAACUGCAGGACCAGGUCCAGUCGCAGGAGCCGCCCCAGCCAAUGGCGAAGCAAGUCAACCCCCAGACAGAUCAGUCCCAACAGCUUCAGCUUCAACACCUGCAGCAACUGCAUGUGCAGCAACAACUGCAGCAGACGUUGCCGCAGCUCCUUCAGCAGCGACAACAGGCAGAAGAGGCGGGAGAAAAGUUGUCAGGGGCGUCUUCGCUGUUGAACCAAAUUUCGGACGUGCUACGCAGGGCAGCCGGAACGCAAGCAAACUCGACACUUGCUGGGCCAGGAGGAAGUCCGCAAUCUCAGGUAAAGCCUGCGCCCACCGCAGAUUCAAAGCGGCCUCCCGUUCUGGGAUCCAUCGCAAAUCUUGCCCGGGCGCAGCAAACGCUGGUGGCAGGAGGUGCCAGUGACAGUGUGCCGAUAAUGACCUCUCUGGGGCUACAAGCAACGGGACCCAGACCUGGGUUCGGCCCUGGCGAGGCUUCUUCUGGUUGACCGGAUAAGCGACUCAGGAGCAGCAAAUGUGAAACUAGGCAGGAGACGCGUCGGAACGAGCAUAUGUUUUGGCAGCGUUGUUUGCAGUCAGCCACCACUGAGGGGUGCGUCGUCUCGUCGGUGCUUUGGAGAAAACUCCGAGCGGCUAGUUUCGUGUCAGCCUCCAAGCGUCGUUGAGAGUCUGAUGGCAUGCAGCAUCGUUCCUGCAUUCUCUCUUCUUGUGAGGGUACGCGGGACGGGUGUACCAGUCUGACAGUCACAUUGUCCAAAAUUACUGGUGGGUACGAGGGGGAGGGUGCCCUGUGUCUGAUGCGAUUAGGAACGUGCGAGAGUAUUUCUACACAAAACUGAUGCAUUCGUGGCUUUCGCUUCCAUGCGUUUUUUUGUGGGUGGCAGCGCGAUGGCAGUUGGCUUGUUCUGUAUCCUAUUCAUGUGUGCAAUGAGAAGGCUGCAGCUGUAGCUCUAUGAUAUCGAGGUGGCUUAUAUUCUACAGGAUGAUCGCAAACUUCAUCAUUUCUGAAAUGGUAACUCGCUCGCGUGGCAGGAGCCCACAGGGUGUCACACGGUACCUGCAUCUGGCCACCUGCAGUCAAAAGGGCAGCCCAGUUGCAAGCUGGCAACACUGCAGUACGCAGCUUUCUCAGAUGCAAAUAGCAUUAGCGUGGCUCCGGUGUUUUGCAUUUACUAUCACAAACGGUUCUAAUACGUCUUGUUUCGGGCUGCAAUUGAUUUCGUUAUUCCUGUCGGUUGUCGCAUCUACACUACGCAACUUAUAGUGCAUAAUGAAUCAGCUGGUCAUAAACUCUACGCAUCAGUUCAAUUCAAGCAAGCGUGGGCCUCUCGCUCGUAAGAGAAGACAAUGGGCUAGUAGUCAGGCAGCCGCUGGCGAACAGCGCGUCAUGUCUACGCUUUCAGCAUUUCCCCCUUAAGCGGAACUGCUGCGUAUUUUCGAACUCAAUGAAGUGCGGCACUUAUUGAUAGUGUGUUCACUUCUGUUGGCUCUACGGAAUGCACGAAGUAGGGUUCCUCAGUACGACGCGAGCAUCGGGAUCUGUGAUCACCAGGAGCACCCGGAUGACUACUGAGGAACCCCGUCUCAGCUGCAGUAUCCAUUCAACAAGCGAGAUGCUUGAGUAUUCUUUGCACUCUCUUCCCCCACUGUGACGCGUUUAACAGCAUUACAGUGCAUGACGCGGAUCGCGGAACUCAACGAAAAAGUAUACCGUGCGUCGAUGCAAAAUGGUUCGGAGUAAGUAGAUUUAUCGGUUUCAAAGCAUACGAAGCCAGCAUUAAGAUACUCAAUGACGCUUCGACCGGUCAAGUCAAAAUUUCGUCUUCACUAUUCCCAGUCUAUGUGAGCCAGGAAUUCUUGAAGUUCAUCCUUGAGUUUCGCAAGUUGCUGAUGCACCUGCCAGCCAAGGAGCGCGUCUGCGUCGGCUUCCGCUGACUGACGCUGGAUUUCGUAUGCAUUCGACAGUUGCUGCAGCCGCUUAUUCAGCAUCAGGGGAUACCAGGCUCAUCGGGAAAAACGCUCCUCACCUUGUCGAGGACGAGUGUGUAUUCUUGCAUGAGUUCCAUGUUGCUUCGGACCGCUCUAAAAGAGUCUUCAAAUUCGUUUGCAAUGCUGAAGAGCAGUUUUCGCGCUUUGCUAUGCGCAGCUUGUCGUUCUACUGGUUACCGUUUUUCUGCAUCCUUGAUUUCGCCUAUCUUUCUCUCGUAUUCUGACUGUCGAAGUCGAUCUUCGAUAUCCCCAAGGCGUGCCACGAUCGGCGCAAUAAUGCUGUCUACUUCCUCAGCAUUUCUGGUUUCCGUGUUAAUCCAAGAAGUGAGAAGGCUUUCCUCAUCCGCAUCAUUUGACGCUGCCGUGCUGACUACGUCUUCUUGUCUUUUCCUCUUGCCUGGCAAUGUUCGCAUGUCCCCUGGAAGAAAGAGAAGAAAUGGAGAAGCAACCGUACUUGCUCUAUCAGAGACUAGCAGGCAGUUAAAAGCUCCCCAGUUUUGCUUCGUACUGCCUUUUUCCUCUAGGAUGGUACGGGUGCAGCCUUGAGCGGUCUCGGGGACCGGUAAGCUAACAGGCUCGUUGGAGUUAAUGUAGAGAGGUGGCACUUCAGAGCCACAAGAAGGGAGAGGCACAAGUGGGUCAUCUGCCACGAUACACGGGCAGCUCAGCUCUUGAUCAUAUUCGGAGAACACUUCCUGUCUGUAUUACAGCUCUGAAAGUGACUGUCAGAGGCAAAUGUGCAAAAGGCCCACAAUCGUACCUCGGCUCCACUCCAAACGCUUGUGCGUUAGUGCCCCGGAUGAUUUUGUCUUUUUCAGCAGAUUCUAAUACAAAGUCAAGGUGCACGCUUUGUUGAACGCUGGCAGUGAAAUGGUUACAGGCAAUUUGAUUUUCAACUUCCUGUACAUCCUCCAAUGCGUCACUUCUGUCAUGAAGCUGGUCACUGGGCUUAGAGGUUGCUAACGAAGUCUUCCUCGGGGUUCCGCCACAGGAUCCUCUGUCCGCGUCAGAAGCAGGAUCGGGCAAUCCUUCUGUCGUUGCUGACUCCAUUUCUUUCUGCAUUCG